CCCAGUCACAGCAUUUUAAAACUUGCUUCAGGGAGACCGUUGAAGGAGACACAGAAAGUAAACAUACCAAUUCCACAGCCCAGCAGCUGAGAACUCUGGGAGGAGGCACAGGGUCUCAGCCAUUCAUUUGUCUUCUAGGCUAUCCUGACAUCUGACAGCCAUUGACAUCCCGAGCAUUCCAGCACUUCAGACUCAUGCCUAAGAGGAGAUAAAUAUAGGACUCUGACACCUGAGCCAAACGAAAUGAAAGCUAAUGUGAAAAAUCGCCCUCAUUUUGUGCCUCAGUUCAGAUAAUCUUGGACUCCUUUCCUGGCCAAGUGUAAAACAGCACAACAGCAGUUCACUCUGGUUUAAUCAACAGAGUUUUGCUCCAGCCACUUGUGGAAGCUAUUACAUAUCGGCCUAAACUGCAUGUCUACGUGGCAAGCUUUCUUAGAGCAGGUGAAUCUGGAAAAAGUACUAUUGUUAAACAAAUGAAGAUCAUCCAUAAGAAUGGUUAUAGUAAACAAGAAUGCAUGGAAUUUAAAGCAGUGAUCUACAGUAACACACUGCAGUCAAUCUUAGCCAUUGUGAAAGCUAUGACUACACUUGGGAUUGAGUAUGUGAAUCCCAGAAGUGGAGAAGACAAACAACAACUCCACACAAUGGCAAACACACUGGAAGACGGUGACAUGACGCCCCAGCUGGCUGAGGUGAUUAAGCGACUGUGGAGAGACCCAGGAAUUCAGGCCUGCUUUGAAAGGGCAUCAGAAUACCAGCUCAAUGACUCUGCGGCUUACUACCUUAAUGACUUAGAUAGAAUCACAGCCCCUGGGUACGUGCCAAAUGAGCAAGAUGUUCUACAUUCCCGAGUGAAAACGACUGGUAUCAUUGAAACUCAAUUCUCCUUUAAAGACUUGAACUUCAGAAUGUUUGAUGUAGGUGGACAGAGAUCAGAGAGAAAGAAAUGGAUCCACUGCUUUGAAGGAGUGACGUGCAUUAUAUUUUGUGCUGCACUAAGUGCCUAUGACAUGGUGCUUGUAGAAGAUGAAGAGGUGAACAGAAUGCAUGAAAGUCUUCACCUGUUCAACAGCAUCUGUAAUCACAAGUAUUUCGCGACCACCUCCAUUGUUCUGUUUCUCAACAAGAAAGAUCUCUUCCAGGAAAAAGUGGCCAAGGUGCACCUCAGCAUCUGCUUCCCAGAGUACACAGGACCAAAUACAUUUGAAGAUGCAGGAAACUACAUCAAAAACCAGUUUCUAGAUCUGAAUUUAAAAAAAGAAGAUAAGGAAAUCUACUCUCACAUGACCUGUGCUACUGAUACCCAAAACGUCAAAUUCGUGUUUGAUGCAGUGACAGACAUAAUAAUAAAAGAGAAUCUCAAAGACUGUGGGCUCUUCUGAGCAACCUCUUUUCUUCCAUUUGUGGUGGUUGUAGUCUGUUCAAGACAUCAAAGUUGCUGUGUGACUAGCUCCAGUAGAUACUAACUUAUCUAGAAAUAUAACUAGCAUUAUAACAAAAGUUUCACACACAAAAAAAAAAUGUUACUGUAUUAUCACCUGUAUCUGGCUAAGGUUUUAUUUCCUUGGGGCAUGGAGGGUAAAGUUUCUUGUGUUCUCUAUCUAGAAUGUGAUGUAUCUUGGUAUCACAAUAUGCAUUCAUGUUGGAGAUGGGCUACAAGUGGCCAAUUUUUAAUAAUAGAAUAAAUUAGAGAAUGUGCUAGAACAUCUCCCCUAGCUAGAUUUUGAAAAGCAUUCAAUGCCAUGUCUGUACUACAGGAACUAUACAAAAAUGAUACAAUGCAUAAAACUUGGCCACCUGCCCUUCAUUUAGGCUGCCACAAGGCAUACAAUGUCCAUGCUUU